AUGGAUUCUGACCAACAACAGAAUAAUGAAAAAAUUGGAGAAGAGACUCUUUCAAAAAAAGACGAGAAUGACUUAUUAAUUAUGCAGGACAUUAAAUCUGGUGAUCAGAGCCUGCUUGAAUUAUCAUCCUUGAUACAAGGAGUUCUGCAACAAACACAGGAUCGUUUUCAACGGAUGUCUGAUCAAAUUAUAGGUCGAAUAGAUGACAUGACGAAACGUAUUGAUGAGCUGGAGAAGAAUAUAACUGAUCUGAUGACCCAAGCUGGUGUUGAACCAGAACUUUAA